ACGACACCCCGGGAAAGGAGGGGGGGGGAGGAGAGAGUAGCUACGGAGUGAGUGGAGGAAGAAGAAGAAAGUCGGUAAAAAGAGAAAGAGAGCCACACUCACUCUAUCCAUCGGUGAGUUUUCGAUAAAGCAAUGCUGAAGUACGCGGAAUGCUAGAAAGAGAAGGAGUAAACAAGUGACCAAAACUGCUGAAACAACGAAGCGAGCGCCGGGAGGGCUUUCAAUCCUCUGCUGUGUCCGGACUGCUGGCUCAACCCGCAUUUCUCCGCACUCGAGUUGGACGAGUGACACUGCCCCCGGGGCCACUUCGUCCCUGCGAUCUGGGGAAACUACACAGCCACGAUACAAACUCCGAAGAGGAGGAGGAGGAGGAGAGAGAGGAGGAGGAGGAGGGGGCCUGGAAGGAGAGGGAGAGAGCGGAGGAGGAGGGGGGCGCGCUGAAUCAGUGAGUGAAACGGAGCAAGUUAAGCGCACCACCGACGGCAAGAAAAAGUUUGUAGUUUUGUGGUUUAGAUUAACACUGGGAGGAAGAUCGACGAGAAGGGAUUGAGAGGGAGGCCAGCUUGGCUCCCGAAACUCGAGCCGCCUGAUUGAUCCAUCUCGAAAGCCACUUUCAUCAUGAAACCCCCGGGAGAAUCGGGGUUCGCCUUCCCGGACUGGGCCUACAAACCGGAGUCCAGUCCGGGCUCACGGCAGAUCCAGCUGUGGCACUUCAUCCUGGAGCUGCUGCGGAAGGAGGAGUACCAGGGGGUGAUCGCCUGGCAGGGCGACUACGGCGAGUUCGUCAUCAAGGACCCCGACGAGGUGGCCCGCCUGUGGGGAGCACGCAAAUGCAAGCCGCAGAUGAACUACGACAAGCUGAGCCGUGCGCUGCGAUAUUACUACAACAAGAGGAUCCUGCACAAGACCAAAGGGAAGAGAUUCACCUACAAGUUCAACUUCAACAAGCUGGUGCUCGUCAAUUACCCCUUCAUUGACAUGGGGUCUGCAGGUAGUGGAGUCCCCCAGAGCGCCCCACCGGUGCCCACGGGGGCGGGCACGCACUUCCGCUUCCCUCCCUCCACCCCGUCGGAUGUGCUGUCGCCCAACGAGGACCUGCGCAGUCCGGGCGUGUUCAGCGCGGUGUCUCGCCGCAUGGCCCGUGGCUCAGUCAGCGACUGCAGCGAUGGUACCUCUGUUAACUCCGAGAUCGAGGAAGGUGGUGGAGGUGGUGGCGGCGAGGAGAGGCCCAGCGGAGGGAGCGGCAGUGGUGGCGGCGGGCCCGGCGCUGGGGGCUUCCGUAGCAUCCUGCACCCUCGUCUCUCCCAUGAGCCUCUCUUCCGGAUGUACGGUGGUCCUGGCAACCCAAAUCACCCUCCUCGGGCCCCUCCAGGUCACCGAGUUGUCGCAGAUCCCCUGUCCCCCUUCCCUGUUUCUCCACUCCCCGGCCCUGGUGGUGCUGGGCUGCUAGCUCCGCCCCUCUCCCCUGCCCUCUCCAUGACCCCCUCCUCACACCUGCCCUAUACACCCUCCCCGACCCUCUCCCCCAUGCUUGGCUCCCACUUUUCCUUCAACCCUGAGGACAUGAAACGCUACCUGCAGGCGCACACCCAGAGUGUCUACAACUAUCACCUGAGCCCACGUGCCUUCCUGCACUAUCCCAACAUCGUCAUCCCUCAGCCUCAGCGGCCCGAUAAAGGCCUGGGCCCCAGCGGGGGUGAGCGUGGUAGCGAGCGGCCCAGCCUUAAUAGCCACCCCUCUGGCCUGCCACAUGGCCACGCCCACCCACAUGGCCACGCCCACCCGAUCCACCACCCGCUGCAUCUCGGCGAGGAAUCCGCCCACAUGUCACCCUUCAAGUUCAAGCUGCAACCACCACCCCUGGGGCGCAAGCAGCGUGAAAACCAGGCACCUACGCAGACCCAGGCCAGCUCUAGCUCCUUGUCCUCCGCUUCGGGCCUGGGCUCCUCCGUACCUUUCGGCAGUGACCACAGCUCGGCCAGUGGCUCCUCAUCGUCUGGCUCCCUGAGCAAUGCAGGGUUGCCCAAAAUCAAGGUGGAGCCAAUUUCUGACAUCGAGUCUGAGGAAGAUGUUCAGGUGACAGAUAUCAGUGAUGAAGAAGGAGAAGACAGAGAGGAGGACUUUUAUCCCCCGCAUGGGCGAGAACAGCAGGCCAACGGUACAGCUGCACCACCAGCUGCUGAUGAGGAUCUGGAUGAAGAUGUCUUCAAGACCCCCGCGCCACCACCGCCGGGCUUGCCACCCUUUUUGGGUCCUGAGAAUCGACGCCUCCCAGCACUGAAGAGUGAGCCGGUGGAGCCUGGAGAGCCAGCGGCUGCAGUGCUCACACCCUCUCCAGCCGGCCCCCCCAAGUGCAUCCCCCUCAAGCUACGAUUCAAGCGACGCUGGAGUGAGGACCAGCGCAUGGAGGCCAGCACUGAGGAGUCUGAUGACAAGAAAGUGCGGGCUGAAGAGCGGGAUGGCCGCAGGGGUGUGGAAGAGAAUGGGGGGGCAGAGAGCCCCCCCCUGGCACCUGAGUGUCCCCUCCCCCCAACCCAGCGCAGGGUCAGCGCGGAGCUGCACCGUGCCACUGCCCAGCUCUCCCUCGAGAACAACGACUGCUGAUUCCCACACACACACACACGAGCACAUAAACACACACAUCAUCUCUCUCACAUAAACACACACACACAGCGACAUGUACAGAUUUGAAGGCAGGUGGGCAUCUGCGUAAUCCAUGCCGAACUGAAACGGACUGACACUAAUGCUGAUAGGCUCCAGCAGUGGGUAACUGCUGAGUGACAGUGUCAUUCUCACCCCCCACUACAAACCUGGGCCUGCCACACCAAACUCAGCCUAUCCCCCCCCCCCCCCCCCCACACACACACACACACACACACACACACACAAAAACAUACACCAAACUCAUGUCAGUCCUGUCCACCCACAGAUGGGCCCCACUGUGACAGAUCUUCAUCUUGAACGAAAAGGGAGAGAGUCACUCUGGAUGCUGAGGAGGGGGCGGGGGGUUUGGAGCACUGGCUGUCCUCAGGACCCUCACCUGCCCUCUUGUGCCCUCGGGACCUCUUGCAGGCCCUGAUUUCAGUGUGGUGGAGGGAAGAAUGUUAGUUUUUUUUUUUUUUUUUUUUAGCGAAUGGUAAGAUUUCAUAAGUGCCUGUUACACGGUGCGGGGGGGGCACAGCAAAGGGGCUGCUCUGGCAUCUGUUUCUCCAGCUAUAAACUCAUAGGAAGACGUUCCGAACUCUGGUUUCGUUUUUCAGACUCGGACUUGUAAAGUCGCGGGGAAAGUGGAGGUCCGGCGCCGAGCGGCUGCCGCCCGCUUGGUCACGCGGCUCUGCUGCGCAGCCCCGCAGUUCCCAGCAUGCCCUACUAGAAGGUUCUCCCUUGGGUGUCGUGUGGUGGCGCAGUGCUGUGUGUGUGGGGGGGGGGGGGGGGUUGGGGGUGACUUUAAAAGAUAUCAUAUCGGAAUGAGAGUCAUCCUCGUAAACGCGGCGCAUUAAGCACCCCCCACCGCCCUCCCCCAUGUGUUUCUGCCUGUCACUUGUAGAGAUCACAGGCAGGGCUAGUGCCGCUCUGCCUGUCCCAUGCUGGCCUGCAGAAAUGGGGCUGGAUCCUGUACAAGCCUCACUUUAAAAAAAAAAAAACCAUCAUAACGUGGACUGCGGCACAAAACUCAGGUGACACACGGAGUCCAUGUGACCUUCAUUUUUAUUGUUUUUUUUUUUGUCACCGUGACUUUUCCAGCAGAACUUCAGAAAUGCCAGCAUACUCCCAGCAACUUUUUUGAGAUUUCAUGGAAAGGAGGGGAGGGAAGGGGUGGGGUGGGAGGUAAAAUAGAGAAUCUGCCUCUUUUAGCAAACUUUUUUUUUUUGGGGGGGAGGGGUCAUGAUGACCUUUGAGGCAUUGUCUAGAGAGGGUGGAGAAGUGAGGGGGGAUAACCAUGAACCAUGGAGGGGGGGCAGGUUGUGCGCUUGAGGGGGGAGGAGAAGAAAGGGUGGCGGUUAUAGCAGAGAAGGGGGGUGGAGAUUGGGGUGGAGAUUAGGGAGAGGAGCACCGUGGGUCACAUGGUCACCUCUUCACGGCAAAUCAGGGUCGCUGGGUCACUCCCCCCCUCCCUGGAGCCUCGCUGGUCAGAUUUUAUUGCAUUGGCUGAAGCUGGGCAGACGGACACGCACAGGAACCACACUGCCUUUAUGCUGACCAGCCCAGGAGCACCGGGGUGGGGGCAGAGGGGGGGGGGGGUGCCGAAACAAACUCACUGCCUACUCUUUGCCUUGUUUUUAUAGCAUGUAAAAAAUCUAGCAAAAUAUGGAAAUAUACACACAUAAACUAUACCUUUUAUAUAUUAUAUAUAAAAUAUUAUAAAUGGAGAGAGAUUUUAAGAUAACAUUUAAUAAAGUCAGAUUCAGGAUUUUUGUAAGAAAAACCGAGAAAAUAAUUAAGGGGAAACAGCAAAUCAUUUUAUGGGGUGAUUUCUAGACAGGGGUUGGUUGGGUUAGUUGGGAUCUUAAUUUUUUAUGUCGUUUUAAGAUAUUUUGCAGGGAAACAAAUGGGAUUUCUUUUUUUAAAAAAAGAAAAAUAUUUGAAAAUGGAGUCUAAAAAAAAGCCGUGAAACACAGGCAGCAGGGGGCAGCGGCCCCCCCCCUUCGCCACGUGCAGUUUUGGCCCAAGGCUGUGGUUCUGGCCAGUCCAGUUGUGUGACGUGGACAGGGGCUGCCAGACUGAGGAAGAGUGCGCCCCCGCUGCACCCGUGACCGCUUCAGCACGCCGGGGAUGCGGAGAUCCAGAGCCAUAAGCAUGUGGAAAUCCUGUCUCUAUUUUGGGACCGAAGCCACUUUGAGAGGCUGCUAAUUCGGACUCUACGGCGUCUCUGUGACCCUGGCUGCGGGAGGCGGUGCAGGGGCACCCCGCCUGGGGGCUGAGAGCUCUGCAGAAUAGGGGCACCCCCUCCCUGCCCCGCGACUGGCUCCGGAGUGCAGAAUCACGUUGGUUAACAAGGAGCCUCUGGGAAUCCGGUCAGACGUGUCCAGACGUUGUCAUGGCAUUCCGGGAGCCCAUGAGCCCCGAGGGCAUCUCCGGGCUGCACCAAGUGGACCUGAGUACCGAGUGCUGGCCUGGGUUCCCUGCCCCUCCUGCCUUGUCUGUACUCCAACUGACAGCUGCCUUAAUUCUCUUUGUAUCUGAAAUGACACACCUGAUGUUCCCUGUGCCUGCCUCCCUCUGCCCGCUCAUGCGCACGCAGCCCUGUCUCCGGCCGCACGCCGACCGCAUACCAUACCCUGGUUUACACUGCCACCUGCGUUUUCCCACAAAACGCUCCAGAGGGCACCCUACCAAAUUUCACACCCCCCUCCGCUUUGGGGGAGCAGCUAGAAAAAUGAUCAAAUCAUCCUGUCUGGCACCUGGAUGGGACUUUGAAUAUGACAGAGAGGCACACGGUACGGGAAAUAUACAUCGGAUAUUAUUUAGCAGAUUGUUUUCCCCUUUGUAUGUUUCCUUCUGAUGUCAAUAUUGCUGUUCAUUAUUAUUGCUGUUAUUAUUAUUAAUAUUAUUAUUAAUAUUAUUAUUGAAUUAUUUACCUCCCCCUUUUCCCGUAGAUAGUGUUCAUCACAUUCAGUGAUAGGUUCCUCUCCCUGCUCCUACCCCCACCUCACCCCCUCCCCCUUUGUUUCUUUCUGCUGACCCUCCCCAGUUUUUACAGUGCAACCAUUUUAAAAAGUGUAACAUAACAUUUAAAGGAUUGUAAUUGUAAUUCAGCUGGCAGUCACUGUAAUUGAAGAGUGAUUGUGGUUAAUGGGGACGUGGUUGGAGUGCGUUGAUUAUCUUCGGGGGGCGGGGGGGGGGGGUCAUGGUUUUAUCUCGUCGUAUUGUAAUUUUUAUUUUAUAAUGUUAUAAUGUUACUUUUCUGUUUUGCUCUUGUAUAUUUUUUCAUUUUGGGGAUUAUAUCAUUUCAAAGUAAAGUGUAUUUUCCUGUGUAACAGUCUCUCCCUCUCUCCCCUCCCUCUCUUCGGUUAUAUAACACUCAAAUGGAGGGAUGAGACAUAAUACCAUGAUGUAACAUUGAACCUCUUCUUCUUUGAUUAUUUUUUGUUUUUUUUUUUUUUCUUUCAACUUGUAAUUAAACUGUAAUCAGGGUUAAUUAAAACUGGUUAAAAACCA